AGUGGCAGCCGCGACGCCGCCGCCGCUACAGGAGCGGCCGAGGUGGAGCGCGCGAGCCAUACUGACGCACUGGUGGUGGCGGCGCCGGCGCGGGAUGCGCCGCCAUGCCGGUACGACACCGCGAACUCGGCGACGAGCUCGCACCCCCGGAGCCCAAGCGCUGCAGGCACUGCGACGAGAGCCGUUCGUCGUGCGGCGCAGGCGGCGGCUCGGAGGGCUCGGAGGGGCGCACGUCGUGGCGCGUGACACUGGACCACGAUCUAGUGGAGACCCUCAGCGCCAUCUACCCCGAGUGGUUCAAGCCGCAGCAUCGUCGCGAGCGCAGCCGCGCCGCCUCGCCCGCGUCGCCGCCGCGCUCGCCGUCCACGCCGCCUUCAGACGACACAUUCAGUUCGGGCACAGAGGAGAUGGCUGGGCGGCAGGCGGGGGGCAGCGGCGCCAGCGAGCCGCCGAGCUCGCCUCGCAUCUCCCCGCCCAAGGUGGUCGUCGACGAUAGCCCGCUGCAGCCAGCCAUGGGCAAGCACAAAGAAUCAUUAAAAGUGAAGCUGAUGAUGAGACGCCCCAUCACGCAGCUGGUGGCCCAAGGAAUCAUGCCGCCAUUGAAAACACCUCCUGCUUAUUUUGAACAAUGCAAACAACUGGAAAGAGCGAAAACUGGAGAUUUACUCAAGGCAAAAAUACAACGACGACCGGAUCGUCAAGAACUGGAACGGAGACAUAUAUUAGAGCAGGAGAGCCAUGUUGACCCAAGUCUUGCAGAAAAGCAACGUAUGCUGAAGAAAGCGCGACUCGCGGAUCAACUUAACGAUCAGUUGUCGCAUCGGCCGGGACCUCUUGAACUCAUUAAAAAGAAUAUACUACAUACGGAGGAAAAUAUCGAAACGGCGGUCAAGAGCGGGGUCCUAGCUUUCAAGGCGACCAGUGAGGGAGCUUCGGGCCGGCCUCAGCAUCCCUCCUCGUAUUGUGGCCCUCCGGAGGAAGUCUCACCUUCACCCUCGCCACCGUCUACCCUUUCGCCGGUCAGCGUUGCUUCUCCACCUCAACACCCGGCCCCCGGGAAAGACAAGAACCGCAAAAAGAGCAAGCAGAAGCAGCAACCUAAAGCAAGGUUCAAGUUUCACGAAUACAAAGGACCCCCAAACGCCCAGAAGGCUUCUUCGCCUCCAGGUUCGGUGGAGACUCCCUACGAACUCCUCCUGCAGCAACAGCAGCUGCUCCUGCAGUUGAUGCCCGCGUCGCCGGCGCCCUCAUCCGCGGCAUCUAUCACCUCCGACACGUCCGACGUGUAUGCGCCCCCGCCGCCGCCGCCCCCACCCCUCCUCACCGCGCCCUUGUCGGUCGCUUCCCGGUUCGAAGACAUGAAAGUAUCCGAUCUGCGUGCCGAGUGCAAGAGGCGGAAUCUUCGCGUGUCUGGACCGAAACCGCAACUGAUCGAUAGGCUGAGGCCGUUCCUGAUAGAGAAGCAGGAGGAGCCGCCGAGGUCGCCGGCGUCGGUCGCUUCUAUCGCGUCGCUCGCUUCGCCCGACCCGAGGGUGGAGCACGAACCGCCGGAGGACAUAGUGCAAUCGCAGCGGAGGCAGAUCGAGGAGCUGGAGCGUAAGCUGGAGGCGUCCAGGCAGCAGCUGGAGGCGGUGCGGCGCGAGGCGGCGGGCGCGGCCGCCAGCGACCAGAGCCGGCGGCUGCUGCAGGCGCACAUCUGCGUGUCCCAGCUACGCGCCCAGCUGGACGCGCUGCAGCAGCCGCCCGCGCCCGCCCCGCCCGCCUCCAGGUACGUGAUCGCCGCCUCCGCCGACGCGGCGCCCGAUCGCCUCGUGCGCGUGUUCGCCGUCGCACCCUCGCCCGCCUCCACUGACGUCUCGCAGGACGUCUCGCCCCAAAAAGCGACCAACUCCGCGUACAUCUUGAACGGCGUCAAAGUAGUUCCGAUCGCAAUUCUGCCGUCGCCUCACUACGAGCCGGAGCGCGCUGCGCCGCCACCCCCGCCACCGCCUCCCCCUCCUCCGCCGCCGAUGCCCGUUGCGAGAGUUCAUCUCACCCCGAUCCGCGACCACGCCGAGGACAGUCGGAUCAUGGACGACGUGCUCGAAAUUCUCGUGGAGAACGGCGAGCUGCCCCCGUCGGCCGUCGGGGACCCGUCAGCGAGCGCAUCCAUGGGUGGCGGCUUCGGACCGUCGACGGCGAACGCGUUCUCCCCUGCCGACGUUCUCACUGAUGACGUGCUCUGUGAUCCGCACGUUCGGGACUCGUUGGCGGCGGACGAGUUGCAGAGGGAAUUGGACGAUAUACAGAAUGAGAUCAUGAGUCAUGCCGAUCUCCAAACGGUCAACGGUAUCGUCGAUCCGUGCGAUGUCGAUCCGACGUCGACCGACAUCGAUACCGAACUGAGCGUGGACCUGCUGUCGAAUAGUGAUUUUCCUACCGAAUUCGGCGGAUCCGAUCCGACGUCCACCGAUCACGACGACUUCUUCGGUAGUCUUCUCUCAGGCGAGAGUCAUCACGUCGACGAUAGAUCGCAACCGACACACAUGGACGUCAGUGACGACGUGCCCGAAAGAAUGAGUAUGACCCCACUGACCAACGGAGAUUUGCUCGACCACACUCGUACUGGGUUUGAUUACAUGGACGAUUUAUCUUUGCCUUCCUUUCAGAACGACGACACUCGACACGGACCGUUUGACGACCGAUCGUGCGAGAUAGAUCUAAAAGAGUUCGGUAUCGACGCGCCCACUAAUAUGAACGUGGAUAACGACGGAUACGACUACUCCGCUUAUGAUAUGGACACUGAAAUAAUUCCUAAUGUUUUCGGCCGCGGUCACGUGCCUCAGUGCGAUCCCCUUCUCGGCGGAGUAUUCUCUCGUCCGCCGCCUCGUCCGGCCCUCAAACAUUACUCUUGGGACAAAAUUGAGUAUGACGCCACCUGACCCUCGACCGCAUGCCUCCAAGAGUAUCGCUCGUCGAUGCUCAAACUAUGAUCUCUUUUUAACACCGACUCAUGCAGUAACGGGUCUCCUGCUCUCUUUGUGUAACGGCAUACGUGCAAAUGUUUUAAAACAGAUGUGCGAGUGAUAUAAUUCGUAUUGGUGCGGAGAAAAUUUAUACAAUGUAAAUUAUAUCGGCCAUCACCGAGUGAUGAUCCGAGUGUAACACUAGUCUUUCUUCAGUGACUCGUUCUUCCAGGAUGGUGACUAACGGCAGUAAGGAAAGAUAUAAAUGUUUAUAUACUCUUAACACAUAGUGUUGUCGUUAUUGAAGGACUUAUUUCUACUUUGUACUUAAUAGAUAAUGUGAAAUUUUUGUGUCGCUAGUUGAUAAAUAGAUUAAUUUAUAAAACCAUAUUCUUGGUGAGUGUAACCGCAGUGUGCGCUACGACGCACUUAGCUCACAUAUAAUAAAUCCAUUAUAUUUUCUAUUUAUAAGUAUCUACUUAUGUAUAUAUUGAAAGUAAAAAUACUCAACAUAGUUGUGGAUUUCUGCAUUCCGCCCGAUGACUAAACUUUAGGG